UGUCGUGGGCGCAUAACGACAAUGGACGCGCCGGCAGCCGAACCGCUCGUGGAGGAGCCCCGCGCGCCCGCGCCGGCAGCGGUCGUUGAAGGGCAGCGCCCGAAAAGUGUUGUGAGGGCCGCCACCCCAACAAGCUCUAUGGAGGCGACCGCCAUGCAGCACCACGCGCGGCGGAUGCGCCAACGGGAGUGCUCGGCGGACGCCUCCCUCGCGCGGGACGAGGCCGCCUCGCGCAGAGAGGCGCUCGCGCAGAAGCGAGCGAAAGCGGCGUUGAUGAGGCGAGACGCGAAGGCGGCCCUAUUCAGAGAGACCCUCGGCGAGCUGCGCCUCGCCACGGCCAUGUCAGCGCGCCGCCGCGCCAUCCGCGCGGACAUGGCCGUGGCGCGCGAGGCGCGGGCCGGCGCGCCGAAGCGGCAGGCGGUCGCCGCGCGCCGCGCGGCCGAGCUGCGGCGCGUGGCCGACGCGGCGGCGGCGGCGGCGCGGAAGGCGUCCCUCGGAGCGACGAAGCGCCUUGUCGUCGCACCCACCGCGAGCGUGGACCGCGCCGCGCGCCGGCAAGCGCUCGCGAACCUGGAUCGGCUGGCAAGGGCCGCGAAAAGCACGCCGGACGGCGCCGAGCGCGUCGUGGACCAGGCGACGAAGGCCGGCGUCCGGGAGGAUGCGCCCGAGUUGCUGCGGGGGCGCCAGCUGAUGCACCGGCUCAAACUCGACGAGGCGCGUUCCAUUGUUGCUGAGGCGACUUCCGUAAUUCCGGAGUACAAGGCGCGCUUCGACGAGCUGACGAGCCAGGGCUGCAACCGCGCGGCCUUCGGCUGGAAGCGGAAGCUGGACGAGAGCCUCGCCCGCCAGACGGAAGCUGAGUCGAACAUUCUGUUCCACGAGCGGCGCGCGCAGCAGGACGCGGAGCUCCUGGAAGCGUCUUUGAAGGCGCGGCAGGCGGCGGGGCGGCCCGCCAGCAGCCUCGACGACGACUCGGAAAACGAGGUCGAGAUUAUUGAGGAGAACGACGACGCCGCGGCCGCGCGGCGCGCCGUCCGGCGCGCCCUGCGCGCGGCCCGGGCGCGCGCGGAGCGGGACCGGGCCGCGGCCGAGACGGCCAUCCGGGACGCGCGGCGACGCGCGGCGGCGGCGCGCUACGAGGCGAGCGCGGCCGCGGCCGCGUCAUCGAUCGCGGCGCACGCGCGAUCAAUGAAGGCGAAGCGCGACCGCGCCCGGCGGCGCCACGUGAUGCGGGAACGCGACGCGAUGAAAACAAAGCGCGAGGCGGCCGACGCGCUCGAGAAGGUGAGGGCGGCCGCGGCGCGCGAGGCAUCUCACAUAAAAAAACAAAGGAGCCGGCGGGCCGUGGCGGCGUUUGUGCGCCCCCGCUACGAGUACGCGAUUAAUGAAGACGCGCGCCGGGCGCAGCUCGCCGCGGACGUCGCCGCCGCGGAGCUCGAGAAGCUCCGGUGCCGGCGGGACGCGGAGCGCGCGGCGGCGGACGCCGCGGCCCUCGCCGCGCAGCAGGACGCGUUCCUGCGGGGCGCGGCGCCGCGGCCGGCCUUCGCGUCGUCGCUGGAUACGAUGGAGGCGCCGUUGGACCCGCUCCUGAAGUUUGGCGGGAGACCGCCGCCCCCUGAUAAACCCGUGGCGCCGCACCCGCCGCCCGAUAUAAGGGAAGAGGUGCCGCUGUCGACGACGGAGGCCGCGCGGCUCCGCAUCAACCGCGCGCUCGCGCGCGUGAUGCGCAGGAACUUCCCGACCCAGCUCCGGCUCCACUACGUUGAUGAUGAAAAGGAGCGGUCGCUCUCGCUGGUCUUGCCGCUGCCCGCGGCGUGGCGGGCGCGGCCCGCGGCGAAGCUCGUGGCGACGUUCAAUGCUUUAUAUGCGAAGAAGCGCGGCGCUUUACUAAGGGGCGCGGCGCUCCGCGACCUGCGAGGCAACGAUCUUGGUAGUAGAACGAUCCUCGAGGCGGCGCGCUGCGGCGAGCUCCGGGUCUGUUGCUGA